CACAUUUUCACAACGCCCGCGAUGUCACGGUCAGCGACUUUCCAGCUUAAAGCAGAAAUUCAAAAUGGCGUCGGAUCCUGGUUUUGUCCCGACGGCUGUGAAUGUGGAAAUUGAAGGCGAUAUAACUGUGCCUGGUGCCCCAGAGGAAGACGAAGAACCUAGCACUCUAGAUGAACCUGUUUCUGUUACUUUAGUGAGUUUGAUUUCAAACAGUUUCAUUCGUAUUUGGUGUCGAAAAUUCUAGUUGUAGCGUGUUUUCAGUUCGAUUGUUGAGGUUGGCUCUGAAUGAAAUAACUUUUUUCGUUUCUGAUUUCCUCUUUUCGAUAUAGAAGCGAGAUUUGACCGCAGUUGGCAAGAAAUUCCUUCAUGUACUAGUUCCAAGACAAAGUAAAAGCCUCCUGCGUGAUUGUAAGAUGUACUUUAUAUAUGGCUGUCACGUAUGAAUGAUCCGAUCGUAAUAUCACUUAGCAUUAAGACUAUCUAAUAUUUUGCGACGCUCAUUAAAGGCUGACUGGUAAUCACUGGUUAUUCCUCUAUUUUCAGGGGAUCUAUGGGGUCCUUUAAUUCUCUGUGUUCUUCUGGCGAUGUAAGUAAUUUAUGCACUCGAAGACAAUUUUUUAUCUAAGUUUACCUUUUGUCUUAAAUUGCAUUUAAUUUAUCUUUGCAACUAGCGGUUAAAGUGUUUGUAAAGGUCUUUUUUAUCAUUCUUUUUUAAGAAAGAAGAUUUAAACGCUACGAACUUAAAUCAUAGCUCAAAAGCUAAAUAUGAACUUAUAUAUCUGAUUAAUCCCGUCCUUUUAGCUACAUGUGCAUGUUUGUAUGUGGUAAUAUGAUAUAAGCAUACUUGCAACAACUUGAAGUAACCAUGGAGGCUACCUGACGUGUAUUUUUCCUCUCAAUAGAGGUGUAUAGAUUUCUUGUUGUUAUGCAGUUACCAUAAUUUAACUCUAGAGUCAAAUAUAAUCUUGACAUUAUUUUUUGGUUCUUUAUUUAAAGCUAUACUUGUUGAGUAGGUUUUUACCAUGCAUUGUGAGGCACAUACAAUGAAUGAAAUGGAAAUUUGAGUUUGUUCUUAUAUGCUUGGUUAGGUUGCUGUAGUUCUGUGUACUCAGCUUAAUGAUUAACCCUUUGACUCCCAAGACCUCAUAAGUAAUUCUCCUUACUGUCUGCCAAAGGAUUCCCAUUAUGUUAGUUUGGAGAAUAUGGUGUCAGAUUGACUAGUAAUCCCAUGAUUGAUAUAUUAUUCCUUAUUCUCAUCACUUAUCUGGUUGAUAUUGUAUUGAUAUUGUAAGGAGAAAUUCUGUCUAGGUCACUCAUGGGAGUUAAAGGGUUGAGGAGGUAAAUGUCUAAAGAAAAUUUGGUGCUGUGUUGGUGGCAGGAGUUGGGGGUGAGGGUAUAACAAGGUAAUCCGGUUUUAUUAAAGGAGUUGAUGAUGUAAAGUGGACCUCUGUUGAGAGUUUCUAAAGCUUGUGUUUCAAGCAUUGCUGGUUAACAUACAUUGAAAGUGUUUCAUUUCUGCUGUUUACUAUUUUCAUGUAAUUUCCAUUAGGAUGCUGCAAGGCCAUACUGUGGUUGACAGUUACAGUGAUGGAGGACCUCAGUUUGCUGAGGUGUUUGUGGUGGUCUGGGUUGGAGCUCUGGUUGUUACAGUUAAUUCCAAGUUACUUGGUGGAACAAUGUAAGUACAAGCUAGUCCAGCCUCUUGAGAUAAAAGAUUGAAAAUCGAAGUGCAACCUGGGUUGAAAUUUAUAUUUAGAUAGAAAGGCAUUCUCUAGGUAAAAGUUAUUUCAUUGAGUAAAGUACUUCAGCUCUCAAGCUUAAAACUUUGAAAACUGUUAUAGAAGUCUUCGGACCAAACACUGGAAUAAAAAAAGUUUGAAACAGGAAGUGACUUUAUAUAUAAAGAUGAAUUAUAACCCUGGCCACUGUCCUGUUUUUAUUUUAGGUUAUUGAUAAUCUCAGUGCAUUAAAAGAAAUGUUCAUUUGUCUGAUUAAGUUUAUUAACCUUACCUUGUUUCUAAAUGAAGCAGAGCAGAUACAGCAAAACCUCUCCACUACUAAAACUUUAGGAACAGUGAAAGUGGCCCUUUUUUUGUCCAUGGAUAAUAGAAUAUUUCAGAUUAAAAAAAUAAUUCAAGCAAAGCAAAAAUUCUGAUAAUAGACUAGUGGAAAGGAACACAUUCUACUUAAAAAAAAUUUAUGCGAGUCUACCAGUCUGUGGAAUGUCUGCUUUAAGUCAGGCUUUUCAUCUGUUUGAAUGAACUUUAAAUAUUUUUGCCAAGCUGUUCAUCAACCAGUGAUCAACUGGAAAUUAGGGAGAGGAUAGUUUGGAUGUUAAGACAUAAUCUAAUUACUAUUACGUAUUGUGCCAGGUGGCUUUAUGGUCACUUUGUUGCUGAAGGAGUGAUAAUUGAGAAAUUCCCUUAUAAAUUAAGUAACCCUUGAAAUAUCAUUUGUGCCUUUAAAAUAAUGAUUUUAAAAAAAGUAAGAACAUGCAUUCUCAUCCACAGAAUUUCCCACACUUUCUAAUAGAAUUUUAUCAGAAGCAAUGUCAACAAUAUUAAUUAUCUUUUUUCCUAUUUUUUCAGAUCCUUUUUCCAGAGUGUUUGUGUUCUAGGAUAUUGUAUUCUCCCAUUGGAUAUAGCAUUGACUGUGUGUCGGUUGAUUUUAUUCACUAAGCAGACACUGGCUUUAUUUGCUGUUCGAUUUAUUGUUGUCAUAUUAGGAUUUGCUUGGUCGACAUUUGGUGAGUGAGGUGUUGUUAUUUUACAUGAUUUUUCCUUUCUGUAGCUUUGUUAUACAUUGCCAGUCAACAUGUUUCAACCCUUUUUACCCUAAAAUCAGUAUGCCAGUUUUCCAUACUGUUCUGUAUACAUUUCCUAUAGUGCUUACAAGGAGAUUUUGUCUAACAAUCAAGAGCUUCUUUAGUUUGGAAGCAUUUUAUUUAUUCUCAUGACUGGAAUGUUUGAUGUAGGGGUGAUAUAAUUGGGAGAAAUUACAUGCUUAUCACUAAUAGAGUUAAUAUACCACUAAAACAUUGUGCAGUCUUUGGACAAAAAAAAGAAGGUGAUGCCCAAGUCAAUGGUGGUGUUUGAAUUUGUAAUGUGUAAUAAGGUGUUCACAGAUGCAUGAAAUAAUUGCAAACGUUGUUUAUAUGUGUACUUAGAUGUAAUUAGACCAUCCCUUUAAAAUGUUUCAUUUCUCAUAGCCUUCCCUCUCAAAAAAGUGAUUUGAUUGCUGGCCAAGAAUUGAAUAUAAACAAACAAAACAAGAAAAGAAAAAAAAAGGGAAGAAAAAGGAAUGAAAAUGCCAGGGAAGCCUAAAUCCAGGAAAAAUCCUGGAUGCUAAGUAAGAAGGCCAGGCUGUACUUUCUCAUGUGCAUGCUGAUGUUUUCCAACCCAAAUGUUUUUUAACUAUCAAAUGUUUUUAUGACUACUGAAUCAGACAUGAAUUUUUUUUUUUUGCAAAAUAAAACCUUAAUAUUUUUUUUUAAUAUGUAAAACAGGGAAUGUAAAUUUAGAAUAACUUUUAUUAUUUUUCACUUCUUCAAAAAAAAAAAACCCAAAAAAUACAAAUAGGGUCGUUUUAGCACAUGGUCAGGAAACAAGACAUUUUGUAGCCUAUGUGGGCUGAUAAAAAAUUGCUCCACCACUUGAUGGAAUUUUUACUUUGGGGAAAGUAAGCUAUCUAGCAAUCAUAAGGGAACACAUUUUCUUCGCAUGUCUGUAUAAAGUAACAUCUCUAAUGGGGGUCAAUGUUCUUUUGCAAGAAGGUCAGCUAUUUAACAAGGAUUUUUGAAACAACAACUUUGUUCUUUCUCUGUGUUCACUGUAUUAACUUCACUUUUUUAUUGUUUUGGUUCUAAAAUAUAUAUAUAUAUAUAUAUAUAUAUAUUUUUUAUUGUUUUGGUUUUAAAUAUAUAUAUAUAUAUAUAUAUUUUGUUUUGUUUUUGUUCUCUUCUUCUUUUUCCUAUCCCUAGUUAUUUUCCCUAUGCUCUGUGAGAUAUGAAAGAUUUUUCCUGAGCGAAUCACAAUUUCAAAGCAAAACUCUAACGAUUCGAGUCCGUACCACAAUUCUCUGAUAAAAAUUUAUAACCCUCCCGUUUCUUGAUAUACAUUCAUUUUACUAAGUAUUAAUAACAGCCCUAUUUCUGCAUAAAUUUUAUAAAAUUGAAUUCUGUUUUUCCCCUUUUGCUACUCUGCAUCGCUUUGCAAACUGGUCAUUCGAAUAUCAAUCUGUCAAUACGAGUAAGAAUUGUGAACAUCUCUUUUGACUCAGAGAGGUGUUCUACAUCCUUGAUAUUUGCUUAUUGUAGCGUGUCAUUUGCCAACACGCUAAUAUUGUCACGAAAUGUUCCUCUCAGAACAGUACUACUUAAAAAAUCAAUAAUUAAUAAUUUUUCUAAUUACCUGUGGACAUAAGUAAAUUACAGUCGUGUUACUGAUUCUGUCCUUGUGAUAUUAAGCCGGCGCCUGUCGAUCAGGUUGUGGUGCGAGUUGAUCGCCUCGUUGUGUUUCUUCUGGUUUUUGAAUCGCUGGACACGCUCCCUCAUCGCAGGCAAUGUAUUCGCUGGAGGGUUCAUCGCAGUAUUUUCCGCCAUCGCUUGGCCUUGGAUUUGUACAUGUCCUCGUUCUGAUCCUAGUUCCUUUGCCACACGUUACGGAACAUGGUCCGUAUUCGGUCCACUCCGUGUAACCACCAUCAACAGGACACGGACCGCCGCAUUGGGUAUAUUCCUCUGCUGGAUCCGUGCAAGGUUUUCCACCUUUGCUCGGCGGCGGGUUUGAACAUGUCCUCCUUCUGGUCUUAACUCCCUCUCCACAUGUUACAGAGCACGGCCCGUACUCACUCCACUGCGUAUAACCGCCAUCAAUAGGACACUCAUGAGUAUUACAGGGUUGUUCUUGCCGCGAUGGUCCCUCACAAGGCUUCCCUUCGAAAACCGCUGGUGGAUUGUUGCAUUGCCUAGUUCUAAAUUGCUUUCCUCCGCCACACAAUCUGUCGCAUGCCGAAAAGCGGCUCCAUUCGCUGAAUUUUCCGUCGAUGGGACAUAUUUUCAAGAAGCAAGGCUUUUUGUCAUUGUUUGGGCCGAAACGAUAACAGUCUUUGCCGUAUCUCCCAGGCGGUGGUUGCGCACAGUUUCGAUAUCGUGUUUGAAAUCCCUCCCCGCAAUCUUUCGAGCAGUUACUCCACACAGACCACUCCGUAUAGCCACCAUCAAUGGUGGCUUUAAGAAACGAGUAAUAUCCUCCGAACGCUACACAGCACAGAACUACCGAAAGCCCAAGCGUAGGCAGAAACCUUCUAGAACACAUGAUCGUGUAAUGUUUUGAUUUUACGCUCUAUUUCCGAACAAAACCUUUCAUAAUAACAACUUUCGAGUCUUCGAAACUAGUGUAAAGCUAAACAACCGUGUCAUUGUCAGGUUCCGUAUUGUUAUUGGUGAAAAAUAUGCAUUAUUCACACGUGGCAGGCGACAUCUUGUUUUGCAUAAAUUUCUCUUUCAAGUUUCUCAUCGUUAAAGAGUCGCAAUUUUAGCUUCGGUGCGACAUAUUUUCCUUUUCGACUAUCACAACUGAGAGUCUGGAGGACCUAAUGCGGAAGAAUAAGUACGAAACGAUAUGUCUUAUAUCAACUCUUAGCGGCGUUGAAUAUAAAGUAAAUACGUUGUCAGAUUCCUUUCGAAUAUUACAGUGUUGCUUAGAGUCCUACAAGUCAAAUAAACUGGAAUAGAAAAUCAAUCGUGUCUCACAGCGUGAAGAGGGUCAGAAAUCGUUAGCAGCGUGAAGUCCGCUUUCUACAGACUUUAUUUUUUUUUCUUUCCAUAGGUCUCGUUUACGCUUGAUUUAUAAUUUUUGUAGUUUCAGUGUUUUUUUAAAUGUUGACACAGUAUUUGCUCUGGCGUUUUUGCCUUUCGGCGAACGACUAAUUAUGCGUGGAAGGGAGGUUAGCCAGAAUUCAAGGCUUUCCAGGGUUGUAAACGAGCAAGAUCAAGAACAUGCAAUAGAAAGUUCUCAAACUCAAGUACAACACUUUUGCAGGGGUCAGACGUCAAGAGUUUUUCUUCGAAAGAAUCGAGCCUUUUAUGUUAUAUUUGUUUUUCUUUUGAUGAGGUAUUGAUUAACUAUCGUAUCCCCCAAAGCGUUCGCAGUUUCUCAUGUGCUAUAUAUAAACUCCCUAUAGGAACUUAACAUUCUAUUCUCCCCUUCACCGAUUUACAUAUUUUUUUUUCCUUUAUAGCUUCUGUGAAGUUCCUUGGUGAUAGCCAGCCGGCAAACAGGAAAGCUCUCACAGUUUAUCCUAUAUUCUUGUUUUACUUUGUCAUCAGUUGGAUGAUUAUUUCUCAUUCGGGCUGAAUACACGAAGCUAAAUGCCUUUUGACAAGUAGGCAAACAUCUUUACAGUCGAAGGUAGAAAGAGAACUUCCGGUUCACAAAAGUAAGGGUUUUGUCGAGGACUGUCAUGUAGGCAACGAGUAUUUCAUGACAGGAGCAAACGAAAUCGAGAAAGAAAAGCUGUGCAAAGUUGUGCAAAGCCGGUUUUAUUAUGUCUCUGGUUAUUUAGAGAGAAGCGAGUCUUGUUCUUUUAGUUUCUUCACCACUAUUGGUCACCAGUUGUUGUAAUAGUCGUGCGGGUUGUCAUGCAAUCGUAAUACUGCGCGACGAACCACCGUCACGCUUACCCAAAGAAGUACAGUAGUUUUCUUUAUAAUCCUCUCGGUCAGAAACUCGUCUAAUCUUUUCCCUCUCCAUUCAAUAACGUAUUUUUGUCUCAAAAAUCAGCCUGAUGAAUCGUCGUGCUAGAGUUCUUUUAUGAAGGAGAAAAAGUACUCCCCGUGAAUUUGAAGUCUAUACCCUUUUUUGUCAUUUUUACAGACAAAGUGUUAGCGAUCGGACUUGUCUGUAUUCUUAGGCACAUUGACAAGGCCUAUAAAACAUUAAAGAAUUCAGAACGUUUAAAAAAAUCAAGCAAACGAAACAAAAUGAAAAGAAAAACACAAAACAUGUCAUGAAAUAAUUAAUCAACUGAGCCAGCCAAACGUUACGAGACUGUUGGAAGUUGUUUCACGAACAAGAAUAUUAUGACAAUCGAUGGGUGGAGGUUAUUACCGACUUUAAAAGUACGACUAUUUAAGUUAAAGCUUUAUGUAGUGCAUAACUGAAAUAAAAGCACUUUUAUAUUGUUAUUCUUAAUUAUCAGUUGUUUCGAAUGGGCUUGAUAAAUAGCCGCCAGUUAGAAAGUGAGUCCAGGCUUCUUUUUUUUUCUCUUUUUCCUCGAGAACAACCGAAGACAGGCUUCGGG